AUGAAUCCAUUAUUCAGACCCAAAUCUACCAAUUUAAGGUCUGGUCUUAUACCAAAGAUACCCAUUGUUGAUCUAUAUUUUAGACAUAUCAAACCUAAACAUGUGAGUCGGCCGCAAUCCCCUAAAUCGUCAAAACUUAUAAGUGAAGAUGUUUUCAACAAUCCUAUAAUACUCAAUCUUCAUGGGUUAUUUGGUAAUACUAAGAUGUUUCAUCCAUUAAACAAGGUCUUGGAACGUCAAUUCCCAAAUGCUGAUAUUUUCACUUUAGAUCUUCGAAAUCAUGGGAAUUCACCUAUUGCGAAACCAUUCGAUUACAAAACGAUGACAAAUGAUUUGAAUCAUUUCAUAGAAACUCAUAUUACCGUUCAACCCCUUUUGAAGUCGAGACAAAUAAAUAUAAUUGGGUUUUCAAUGGGUGGUAAAGUGGCCUUAUUGACUACGUUAUUAUAUAAUAAUUUGAAUAUUCAAAAAUGUAUUUCUAUCGAUUUACCACCUUAUAGGAUUGAUAAAUUUGACGAAGUAUUUUUAAAAAAUUAUGAAUUGGUUAAAUAUAUCCAUUUUAAGAUGUUGAUUAAGAAAAAUACACGAAAUUGGGAAGAAACUAUAUUGAAUUUAUUUCGAAAUUUGAAUAAUGGUGAUGAGAUGCUUUCAUUAUAUUUUGCUAAUGGAUUUUAUUCGAAUAAAUUGAAUUAUAAAAUGGAUUAUGGUAAUCCGUUUAUUCAAUUUUAUUUCCCAUUAGAAGAAUUUCCUAAUUUAAUUGAAAAUAUAAAGGAUUGGCCUAUAAAUGAGCAAGAUGUAGGUUUAAAGUCAAAUAAAUCUGUUUUAUUCAUGAAGGCUAAGCAUUCACCAUUCAUUAAAGAGAAUUUUGAUCUAUUAGGUGACAGGUUCACUAAUUUUAGAGUUGAGCAGUUUGAUAGUGGGCAUAAUAUUUUGAUAGAUGAUUUUAAGAAUGCAUCGAAUUGUAUUGUUAAGUAUUUGAAAGAAUAG